GCCCACGCUUGAUGGAAAAAAUUCUUCAGAUGGCUGAAGGUAUUGAUAUUGGGGAGAUGCCAUCAUACGGUCUGAUGCUGCCCAAACCUUCCAAAGGCCAAAAACGCUACCUUUCAGCCUACGAUGAGUGAUGCAGCUGUCAACUUUGGUCGGUGAAGCUUCUUUUUGCAGUGGGUAGUGAUUACUUCAGACUCAUACAUGAUCAAAAUGCUGAAGAUAAUGUUGGCGGCUCAGUCCUAAAUGGAACAUCUAAACCACCCACUUCAGGACUGCAGAAACAUCCCAAAAGAAAGGCGAGAUGGGACGUUCCGGAAGUUAAUCAGGCCGGCACCAACACGUGACCAGGGCGAAGAAACCGUCCUACACGUGCGUCUGUGACGCCAUCUCGGCGCGACUCUUCAUUUCCUUGGAGUUUUCAGGCUACUCCGCCGGAGCUAUGCCGAAAGUCGUAUCCAGGUCGGUGGUCUGCUCAGACACCAGGGACCGCGAGGAAUAUGAUGACGGCGAGAAGCCCCUCCAUGUCUACUACUGUUUGUGCGGCCAGAUGGUCCUGGUCCUGGAUUGUCAGCUAGAGAAAUUGCCCAUGAGGCCUCGGGACAGGUCUCGAGUGAUUGAUGCUGCCAAACAUGCUCAUAAGUUUUGUAACACAGAGGAUGAGGAGACUACGUAUCUUCGGAGGCCUGAGGGCAUUGAACGUCAAUACAGAAAGAAGUGUGCAAAGUGUGGACUGCCACUCUUCUACCAGUCCCAGCCGAAGAAUGCUCCUGUGACCUUCAUCGUGGAUGGAGCAGUAGUGAAAUUUGGCCAAGGCUUUGGGAAAACCAAUAUAUAUACUCAGAAGCAAGAGCCUCCUAAGAAGGUUAUGAUGACCAAACGGACUAAAGACAUGGGCAAGUUCAGCUCUGUCACUGUGUCUACCAUUGAUGAAGAAGAAGAAGAGAUAGAGGCUAGGGAAGUUGCUGACUCCUAUGCACAGAACGCCAAAGUGAUUGAAAAACAGCUGGAGCGCAAAGGCAUGAGUAAGAGGCGACUGCAAGAGCUGGCUGAAUUGGAAGCCAAGAAAGCAAAAAUGAAGGGGACACUGAUCGACAACCAGUUCAAAUAAUCCAGAGUUUUUUAGUUCACACUGGAGGCCAGCGCUUACAUCAAGAUGAAAUAGCUUCUUGAGUUCAAAUAAUCCAGAGUUUUUUUAGUUCAGACUGGAGGCCAGCGCUUGCAUCAAGAUGAAAUAGCUUCUUGAUUUCAAAUAAUCCAGAGUUUUUUUUAGUUCACACUGGAGGCCAGCGCUUGCAUCAAGAUGAAAUAGCUUCUUGAUUUCAUGAUCUACUCUCUAUGUCCCAGGAAAAAAUUUUCUGACCAUCCCAAUGAUUUUUCCUACAUUGUUGUUUUUUUCUUUCGUUGAAGUCUUUGACCCCAUUUCAAUUGCUUUCUAGGAGGUAGAUUGUUUUCAAAAUCUUUGCAUAAAUAAGUUUUCUGUCUUAUUUGUCGUGGGAAUACAUUCUUGUUACAUACUGGAAGAUGGCCUUGAACUUGUGAUCUUCCUGUCCUAGCAUCUCCAGUGCUGUAAUUAUAGGAAUGCACCAACCACCGUGCCUGGCUUCUGUACCAGUCCUCUUCAUGUGAAGUAUGCUUCUUCUGUGAUACAUUUAGGGCUAGAUAAGCCUCUAGUUAUUAAGGUACAUGUUUUUUACUUCUUCAAAGCUAAUACAGUGUUUAAAGAUUUUUGAAAAAAUAUGGUAUGGGAGGAAAGUUGCAGGAAUUAAAUUUAAAAUUGUUCCUUUUCAUUCUUAAAAGAUGGAUCCUUUUAAGAGACUCCGUAUCUGUUCUUCGAAUUGACUAUGGUUUGACUCUUUCUCCUGUCAGUAAAAAUCAGUUAGAAACCCCAACCUGCAGAAAUAGUUCUUUACUUAAAAUAGUAGAGUUAUGGGUGAGCCAUGCCAUAUCAAACUUCAGAGUUAAAUAAGGAAAAGCCAUGUAUGUGGCUGGGGGUGUAGCUCGGUAGUGGAGUACAUGCAUGCUUGGCAUGUGUGAGGACAUCCCCAGUACCAAAAACAAGAAA